GCAAGGCCCGUUUAUAUAUGUGACGAUCCACAAUUAUAUAUGGUAAUAGUUGGGCCUAUUGGCCUGAUAUACCGGCCCGUUUUCAGCCCGAAACAUCAGAAAUUUCAAGGGAGAAAAUCUAAAGCGAUUUUGCAGAGAUCUGCGGAUUUGGAAAUGUCGUCGAUCGGAUUUCAUUGGAUGAACCGUAUGGUUUCGGAAUCCUACUAUUUGCUGCAUUGCUUGGCUUUCUUCUCCUACAUUCCUGUUCGCUGCGCCGCCGCGCAAGUCCUCUCGUCUCGCAGCUCAGCUCAUCUUCUUCACCGAGAGAUUCAAGCUUUCCUUUCCUUUUGUGUUUUAGCUGCUAUCAAGGUGGUGAGAACGGAAUCAUGGGAGGCAUUUAUAUCAGAUACUUUAUUCUAUGCAAAGAUUUUCCUUGCUGCUAUUGCUUUGGUGCUGGACUAUCACUUGGCCUUGUGGUAUGCUAUAGCAUUUUUAGUUAUAUAUAUCAUUGCCCAACAACCUGCAUAUGAAGGAUUUGGUGCAUCAAGUCCUUUGACACCGCUCCAGUUGGAAACCGUGCUUACUGAAGUGAACACAUCAAAAUUUUGGAUGGUUGAAUUUCGUUCUCUAUCUACCUCCAGUUGCAUUCGAGCAAGUUCCUUUAUUCCCGAACUCUCGGUUACAUUCUCAAAUAAAAAUUUAUCAUUUGUAACAGUUGAUCUUGGGCUGUUUCCAAAUGCUGCUGAGAAGUUCGGAAUCAGCCUUGGAAGUCUGCACCAACUUCCCGCAUACGUAUUGUUCCGUGAUGGAACUGGGAUAAUACGAUUACCUGAGACGGAUUAUGAAGCCAAAUUUUUUGAGGCUCCUGUGUCCAAGAAACUUCUUUGCCGGCAUUUUGAGCUCGAUAAAAUGCUCCUCGACUACAUAAAUGGUAAAUAGGCUAUCCUUCCAUUUGCUAAACUUUGGUUGAUCGAAACUUGAAUAAUGUGGCAAAAUCUAUUACUACUAUACACAUACUGGAAACAUUGCUGCUGGAGGUACCGUGUUGAUAUUGUGUUAUCUACCUUAUUUGAUUGUCAAAUUUUCUACUAUUUUAGUAGGAAAUUUUGAAAUAAUUUUUCUUUUUUUUGUCUUAUGGUUUUCAACAUACUGCUUUGCUCUUUUUCUAUGUUAUUUUAUUAGGUAUUUAUGUGUUUU